AUGCAGACUGAAGAAACCACAAUUGACGAGGGUGUUCUCGAUUUCUCAAUCGAAACAGCCUCCAGCACGGUCCUGCGGGUCCUUUUGAGGUCCAUCUGUGAGACAAUUCCUGAAGCGAAAACAAAGGUUGUCCAGCAUCUACUCGUUGCCAAGAAUCUCGUCCCCGUGGUUCCAACGAAAGACCCGCUCUCAUACCACUCGGACUUAGACGAGGAUUCGGAGUCAGAUACGGAAUCGAAUUCAGAGUCAGACACUGAAUCGAAACCAGACACUCGCGCACCAGCCCAACUCUUGGGCAAGAGACCCCGUUAUUCCAAAUGUAAAAACUGCGAAAAAGAGUUUGAUGUUCUCGAGAACUCGAAGAAGGCUUGCCGAUACCACCCAGCAUGUGCAUUGGCGGACGAAGAUUCACGUUUGUUCGUUGACAACGAUAUGUUUGGGCCUAAUGAAGCAGACCUGGACCCGGAUAUGAAAAAGAAGUAUCCUGACUGCUUUGUAUACGAAUGCUGUGAUGCAACAAUGGAGGAGAAUCCCGAUGGAUGUGAGACUGCUUGGCACAGGGAGGCUGUGUCAACUAUUAGUCUUAUUAACGAGCAUAUCGCGAGAAAGCAGCGUCGUUAA